AUGCCUUACAACGACAACGAGUACGUCGCAUCCCAGCUCCAGCUAAUCACCCGCGAGUCCACCGACCGCAGCAUCGGGGGCAUCUGGUGCGAAAUCCUCAAAACGAUCUUCCCCUGGCAAGACUACAUCCUGGAAUACAAUGAACACGAGAUGGAAAAAAACUACUACGACAUUACCAAACUCGACUACGAGACUUACGAGGAAUACAAGCAAUCCCGGACCUACGAUCAACUCAAUGGUCUCGAGCAGCCCGACACCAUCAGAGUGGCCAUCCGGUCCCGAAAGGACGAAGCCAACAGCAUCCCGUUCUUUACCGUCUUCUGUCGAUCAGCGCUCGAUGAGGAUCGCAGGACGGCGUGGGUUCAGGAGCAGAGCCAUUUGCGAAGGGCGCUGGGGAAGGCGUAUCAAGAGAGAAAGGAGUGCCAUGAAUGUCCUCUUCGGGGGGCAGUUGCUGUUGGGCGGAUGGUGCAGUUCUACGAGUACAAGGCGGAUGGGGAUCUGAUUCCUGUCUGGCCGUGGGGGACUUGUGAGUGGCACAUUCGGAGGGAUGCGGAGCAUGUCCAGGGGCUUUUGGAUGAGAUUGCGAGUAAUCAUCAUUAG